GGGUGGAAAACACAACAGAACCUCAGGAUGUCCAUCAUUCAGCGAGGGACAGCAACACUUCGUAAAGCAAAGAAAAUCACUGUAAAAACGUGUCUAGAUAACCCCUUUGUUUUCCAGUGGGAAACCAUAGAUGGAGAAGAUAUGCAUUUUAUACUACAGACUUUAGAAGAAAGGAUUAAACAUAUUGGACUUAAAAAGAUUGAGACUCCAAGAAAGAAAAAACGUUCCCUUACAAAAAAACAAAUGGAAAGAAAGCAUAAUGCUAGCAGUGACGAACUCCCUGAGGAAGAGGAAAGAGAAGGCUAUCGACAAAAACCAGGAUGGACUGACCCAAGUAUCAGAAGACAGCUCGCUAUUGGAGUUAAUGAAGUUUCAAAAGCAUUGGAAAAAAAUGAACUGGUGCUCUUGCUGGUGUGCAAGUCUGCCAAACCUGCCAUGAUCACAUCGCAUCUCAUUCAGCUGAGUGUGAGCCGAGCCACACCGGCAGGCCAGGUCCCCCGCUCAGUGGAGCUCAGUGAAACAGUUGCGCCGCUGCUGGGCUUAACAUCCAUUUUAGCACUAGGCUUUAAAAAGCAGUCUGAUGCAUUUACUGAAGCAAUAGAAGCAAUAAUUCCAAAGAUACCAGCUUUGGAAGUGCCAUGGUUUCAGCACAGAGCUGAAGAACCUGCAGCUCACGGGCAUGCAGAGCCUUCAGUGGGUCCAGAGCAGCUUGCAGAGGUGCUGGGGGAUGAGCUCACAAGCCAGAAGUGGAAGCAUGCAACAAGCAAUCAGCUCAAUCUUUCAAAUGUAACUUUGCAGCCUUUGAAAAUCAAAAAACUUGUUCCAAAUCCAAGUAAGAUAAAGAAACCACCUCGCAAAAAGAGAAAAGCUUUUUCAGCAUAA